AUGGCGCCACACGAGGGACUAGUACACCUCAAGGAGUACGAUAUCGCAGACAGCAACGUGGAGCUGAUCGGCAGCGACAUCGACCACAAGGUGAAGCACAACUCCGCCCAGACGGAGCCCGCCUGGAACGACGGCCGCGUCGGCGUCUCGGCGGGGCUCCUCGCCUGGCGCAUCGAGGACUUCGCCGUCGUGCCCUGCCCAGACGCCUCCGAGCGGGGGCGCUUCCACGAGGGCGACAGCUACAUUGUGCUGCACUCGUGGACCGUCGGCAACAACAACGACAAGCUGGGCCACGACAUCUUCUUCUGGCUCGGCAGCCGCACCUCGCAGGACGAGGCCGGCACCGCCGCCUACAAGACGGUCGAGCUGGACGAGUUCCUCGGCGGCGCGGCGGCGCAGCACCGCGAGCUGCAGCGCGCGCCCUCGCCCGAGUUCCUCGCCCUGUUCCCGCGCGGCGUCGAGGUGCGCGCCGGCGGCGUCGCCUCGGGGUUCCGCCACGUCGAGGAGCCCGUGCCCGGGGCCGGACCGGAGGUGCGUACCCUGCUGCGCGUGUUCAAGCCGGCCGCUGGUGGCGCCGUCGUUGUGCACGAGGUCGAGCCCGUGGCGAGCAGCCUGGACGAGGGCGAUGUGUUUGUCCUCGACGCCGGCGACAAGAUCUGGGUGUGGCAGGGCGCCAAGUGCAGUCCCAUGGAGAAGGCGAGGGCCGCGCAGGUGGUCCACGAUAUGACCCUUGCCAAGCACGUCGAUGUCGAGGUGCUGGCCCAGGAGGACGGCCGGUCGGGGCUGGUUGCCAAGCUGCUCGGCGGUGGCGAGGAGAGUUCCCGACAAGCGUCCUCCGCCCGGGAUAGGCCUGCCCGAGUGCAAAAUGCGCGCCCGCGACGGCUGUUCCGGCUCAGUGAUGCCUCGCAGAAGCUUACGUUCGACCUGGUCCGGGAAGGCCCGUCCGUCUCGCCGCGCGAUCUUGACGGGAAUGACGUUUUCCUUUUGGAUGACGAAGGGAGGGCCAUCUGGGUGUGGGUUGGUCUGGGCGCCAGCAAGGCGGAGAGGGCUAUGUGGCUCAAGGUGGCCCAGUCCUAUGUCCGACGGGUGCUGGAGAGCAGGGAGGACAGUGAGGCCUAUCUCACGCCCAUUGCCAAGGUGCAGCAGGGGCACGAGACUGCUGCCUUUCUGAGAGCUAUCCAGGCCGCGUGA